AUGGUAGUCCGCCUCCUCGCGGCAUCCCUCUGCGUCGCUAGGGCAGCUGCGAUCGCACUGCCCUCAAGACCAACGAGUCUUCUCGACUCUGGCCACCACCACCAGUUGGCCACCAAGGACGUGGAUGAGGCUACCAUCCUGCGGCGCAUGCAGUACUGGAGCCAGCAGGGGGCCCCGCUCCCCUCCACAGAGAAGUACCUCCUCUUCACGAUCGACCACGGGGGCCUGAACAACAUCCGCAUCGCUCUGGAGCUGACCGGCGUCGUGGCCCGCCGCACCAACCGCACCCUGGUGCUGCCUCCUGCGGCGCCGAUGUACCUCCUGGACUUCGGGCCGUGGAACAAGGCCAUCGUCGGCAACACCAGGAACUGGACGAAGACAACUCGCCUCGAGGAGUUGAUCAACCUGAAGCAGCUGAAGAGCGUCCUGCCCACGCUGACGGCGGCGGAGUUCGAGGCCGAGACGGGCAUGCCGUGGUACCUGGCCAGGGUGCAGAGCAAGGCCAGAUGGCGGCGGCGACGGCCGGUGGACGUGAGGUCUGCGACGGAGCUGCGGGAGGGCGGGGCCGCGGCCCGCCCACGGCGCACCGCCGACGCGCGGCGCGCAGCUCGGGGGUGGGCGCGGCGCUCCGCGGGCCGCGCCGUGCGGCAGCUCUCGGAGGAGCUGCUCGCGCGCGGCAGAGGCCGCUGGGCGGUGGCGGAGGACGCGCUCACGGCGGUGGCCGAGGCGCGACGAGGUGGGCCAGCGGCUGCGGGCGCUGCUCCCCGCCCGGCGCACGAAGCCUGGCUGGACGGGCGCCGGCCUGGCUGGAGGCGCUCCGCAGGAACGUCGCCCUCCACGCGGAUGCCGACGGCGCGGGCUCUGGCAACGGCGGGGGAGGCCGCGCUGAGGCGGGUUCCGAAGGGCCCGCGGCUGGAGGCGCGGGUGCCGGCCGAGAUGGGCUCGGCGGUGGAGGGCACCAGGCUCUCACCAGAUGCCGCCCCUGUCGUGCCAGACGGCCUGACCUUCGACGGCUCGGAGGUGCCGGUUCUCGACGACGACAGCGCCGGGCCCCUCGAGGAGAUCGCGAGAGUCCCUCAGGGCACGAGUGCCGCGGUCGAUGCGGCCGCCGACCGCCUCGUCGAGCUCGAGGAUCUGCUCGCUGCGGCCACCGCGGUGCAUACGCCGACGGCCGUCGGGCGGCCUCCCGCCGAGCUCGGCGUCGCCGACGACGGCGGCUGCGACGAGAACAGCUGUGCUGCUGCUGCUGCCGGCCACCGCCCUCCUGGCCCAGGGGCGGACGGGUUCGUGGGCGGCGGGGUCGGCCCCGCGGGCCUCGCGCCCUUCGCGGCGGAGGGCGGCCUUGCCGUGGGGGCCGCGGCCGCGGCGGCCACGCGCCGAGCGAGGGACGGCUUCGACGUGGGGCUGGAGGCUGCCGCCGCCGUGGGCGGGGAGUCUGGGCAGGACGCCCGCAUCGGCGCCGAGGGCGGUGUCGUCAGCCUCGGCGCGGAGCCGGAUGCCGCCGACGGCGGUGCCGCAUCGCGCCGCGCGGCGGGCCUGGCGGGGCUCAUCGCCGCCUUGCAGGCGUCUCUGGGCUGA